GAUGCUGUCCGCCCUCAACGACUUGCUGUGGCAGGAGAGGAUCUGGCUACCACCCCCUACGACAUGGGCGGACAUGGUGGACGGGGAUGGCAUCGUCCUGGCCCACCCCAGGGACUUGCUGGUGGUGCUGCCCCUGACACUGGUGAUGGUGACUGCCCGCCUCGCCUUCAACAGAUUCAUAGGCGCGCCCUUCUGCCAUUGGAUGGGUAUGCGGGAUCCAGUCAGGAAGCAGGUGAAGCCCAACCCCACGCUGGAGAAAUACUUCCAGACAAGACAGAAACCCAAGGAGGCCCAGAUGACCCUCCUGGCUGCCCAGUGUGGCCUCACGCUGCGACAGACUCAGCACUGGUUCCGGAGACGCCGGAACCAGGAUUGGCCCCACAUGUCCAAGAAGUUCUGUGAGGCCAGCUGGAGGUUUCUCUUCUACUUCUGCGCCUUCAUCGGCGGCACCUUGAUCCUGUACCCUGAGCCGUGGUUGUGGGACAUUUCACAGAGCUGGAAAAAUUACCCAAGACAGCACCUGAAACCAACCCUGUCCUGGUGGUACCUCACGGAGCUAAGUUUCUACAGCUCGCUACUCAUUUCGCUGCCCUUUGAUAUCAAGCGCAAGGAUUUCAAGGAGCAGGUGACACACCACUUCGUGACUGUUUUCCUGAUCACCUUCUCUUACGGCUCGAACCUGGUGCGCAUCGGGUCUCUCAUGCUGCUGCUGCACGACUGCGGCGACUGCCUGCUGGAGGUCUGCAAGAUGUUCAACUACAUGCGCUUCUCGCUAACGUGCGACAUCCUCUUCUUCGUCUUCGCCUUGGUCUUCUUCUACACGCGCCUCGUCCUGAUGCCCACCCAGCUUAUCUACUCCUCCUACUACGACUCCAUAAAGGAGUUCAGCCCCUUCCCAGGCUACUACUUCUUCCUCAUCCUGAUGGUGUUGCUCAACCUGCUGCAUGUGUACUGGUUCAGCCUCAUCCUGCGCAUGCUCCACAACUACCUGGUGAAGGGUCAGAUGACGAAGGACAUUCGCAGUGAUACUGAAGAGUCCAGCUCCAGCGGUGACGAGGCGGCUCCUGAAUGUCCCCAGCUGCUCAGUGGGGUGGCUCAAGAGCCCAACCAGGCCAUGGCGGGCGGCCCGCGGAGCCGGGCACCAGGGCAGCGGGCCAGCGGGCACACGGUGGCCACGUAGCCAGUGGGGCCUGGCUUUAGGGGUGGCUGGACAGGCAGCACUGGGCCUGCUCUGGGGAUAUAGGAAGGCCCCUCCCAUGGCAGUCAAGGGGGUGAUGAUCUGUCCCCAGCCCCUUUUUUCUGCACAGUGACACGACACUGGUGGCCAGCUGGAGCCACCUCAGGCUGCAGCCCUAGGGGGUGCAGUGAGCCCUGGCUGAGAGGAGAUCGAAAGUCCCUGCCUGGUGGUGCAUGCCUGCCAUCCUAGCACUCAGGAGGCUGAGGCAGGAGGAUUGCCUCGAGUUCAAGGCCAGCCUGGGCUACAUAGCAAGAGCCUGUCUGAGAAACCACCAAAAAGGAGGCGUUCAAUAAAACCUGAACUGAAUUCUCUGCCUGAGA